UUUGACGUGGACGGCGAUGGUGUGCUGGCGAUCGCUUGCAGUCGUAGCCGGCGGCGCGGCCUUGCGCUUCGCUGCCGCCGAGGACGCGCACGAGUAUGUGUCUCGGGAAGAGGUCUUCGUCGUCGCCAACACGAUUCGGCCGUUCUCCAACCCGACCGAGACGUACCACUACUACAAGCUGCCGUUCUGCAAGCCCAAGGAGCGGCAAUGGGACGACCACGACCUCGGUGAGCUCCUCACGGGUAGCCGGAAGGUCGUAACCGACUACCGCAUCUUCUUUGGCGUCGACGUGACGUACAACGAGCUGUGCAAGGUCCCGUUCACGCCCGAGGUGCAAAAGGCCUUUACGGACGCGGUCGAGGAAGACUUUGUUUUUGAAAUGUACGUCGACGACAUUCGCGUUUCGGGCCAAGUGGGCCAGGCUAUGCAGCGCGUCAAGGGCGGCAACUACCUCCAGCAGCACUUGCAGCACCUCCAAAAGUACGCGCCGUCGUCGUACGACUACUACCUCAACACGCACCUCCACUUUGACAUUGCGUACAACGACGUCGAGAAGGCGCUCGGCGGGUACGAUGGCGACGAAGAGGUCACGUCGCCCGUCCGCAAGUAUUUGAUUGUUGGCAUCAACAUGACGAUGACCAACUCGGUCGAGACGGACGAAAACGAGUUCCAGUACCAUCUCGCCGAGCCGCUCACGGGCGCGUCGCCCGACAUUGUGUUUACGUACUCGGUCAAGUGGCAGAAAAAGUCGUGGGGCAAGUACGAAGACCGCCUCUUCAAGGACCCGCUCUUGCCCGAAGUGCUCGAGAUCCACUGGCUCAGCAUCAUCAACUCGUUUGUGCUCGUCAUGCUGCUCGUCGCGUUCCUCUCGAUCAUCAUGUUUCGCAUCCUCAAGCGCGACGUGUCGCGCUACAUGGACCUCGAGGACGGCGCCGACCUCCACGACGAGUCGGGCUGGAAGCUCGUGCACGCCGACGUCUUUCGCAACCCGCCGUUUCUUGUCCUCUUUUGCGCGUUUGUCGGCGCCGGUGCCCAGCUCUUUGCGAUGCUCUUUGGUGUCCUCGUCCUCUCGCUCCUCGACGUCUUCCAUCCGAGCAAGCGCGGCGGCCUCGUCUCGGCCAUCGUCGUCGCAUACGCCCUCACGGCGGGCGUCGGCGGUUACCGCUCGGCCAGUCUCUACAAGCAGCUUGGCGGGCAGCGCUGGGUGUGGAACCUCGUCGUGAGCGGCCUCGUCGUCCCCGGGCCGCUCAUCGCGAUCUUUGCGUUCCUCAACACGGUCGCCAUCUGGAACGACUCGUCCGCAGCGCUUCCCUUUGGCACGAUCAUGAUUCUGCUCUGCCUCUUUCUCCUGGUCAACGUCCCGCUCGCCAUCACGGGAGGCAUUGCCGGGCGCAACCUCACGGCGCCGUACAAGCCGCCGUGCCGCACCAACAAGAUCCAGCGCGAAAUUCCGAUGGUGCCGUGGUACCGCCGGCCGAUCCCGAUGGUCGUCGCCGCCGGCUGCCUUCCGUACAGCGCCGUGUACAUUGAGCUACACCACAUUUUCGCAGCGAUCUGGGGCCACCAGAUCUACACGCUGUUUGGGAUUCUCUUUUUGGCGUUUGUGAUGCUCGUCUGCGUCACGGCGUUCAUGACGAUCACGAUGACGUACUUUCAGCUCGCGGCCGAGGACCACCGGUGGUGGUGGCGGUCGUUCUGGUCGGGCGGCAUCACGGGCGUCUUUGUGCUCGCGUACAGCGUCUGGUACUUUGCGACGGCGACCGAGAUGACGGGGUUCUUCCAGGCCGCCUUUUACUUUGGCUACUCGCUCAUGAUGGCCUACUGCUUCUUCAUCAUGCUCGGCUUCAUCGGGUUCCAGUCCGCACUCCUCUUUGUGCGCAAGAUCUACACGACGAUCAAGGUCGAGUAGACGCAAUAAGCUCGAAACGAGUCAGCUUCGAUCAUCCGUA